UAUAGUCUUCCUUCAAAAAAAAUAAAAUAUUAUACAUGAAUGACGCCUCCAUUACCUAGAAAAGUACAAAAGAAAAAAGAAUUGAUUUUCGUUCACAACUAGAAUAAGCCAAAGUGAUCACAAGAAUGAAAUCAAAUCUUUUCCUUUUAUACUUAGAAACAUCAUCAAUGAAAAUUUGAUGGAGGACAAGAAAUCAAACAUAAUUGCUGUUUUUCUCAUCAUGGCCUUGAUCACUGCCACCAUCGUCGCACGCGUUUCGCUUGGACUUUCCAAGUCUUUCUUUCUCAUCGCAGGAGCUGAUGGAGCCGCAAUCGUUGCUGUCAUAGCAUUUGCUUUUGCCAGAAGGCAUUUCAAUCGGCGAAGAAGAUUGGUAGAGACUCGAUUGGUCUCAGAAGGCCAAGAGCUUCGAAUUGAGUACAGUUUUCUAAGGAAAGUAGCAGGAGUUCCCACAAAAUUCAGGUACCGGGAGCUGGAGGAAGCGACAGAUGGGUUCCAAUCCUUGGUUGGAAGAGGAUCAUCGGCUUCAGUUUUCAAGGGAAUUUUAAAUGAUGGGACAUCGGUAGCUGUAAAAAGGAUCGAGGGAGAGGAGAGAGGUGAUAGGGAAUUCAGAUCAGAAGUUGCAGCCAUUGCUAGUGUUCAGCACGUCAACUUAGUUCGCCUUAUUGGGUACUGUUGUGUGCCCACAGGUCCAAGGUUUCUGGUUUACGAGUUCAUCCGAAAAGGGUCUUUGGACAAAUGGAUCUUCCCUCAAAGUGAAAAUCGCAGUAACCGUGGAGGUGGAGGUGGAUGCUUGUCUUGGGACUUGAGGUGUAGGGUCGCCAUCGAUGUGGCUAAGGCACUUUCUUACCUACACCAUGAUUGUCGCUCGCGGAUCUUACACCUUGAUGUGAAGCCCGAAAACAUUCUUCUUGAUGAGAAUCAUCGAGCUCUUGUAUCGGAUUUUGGGCUCUCUAGGCUAAUGGGAAAGGAUGAGAGUAGAGUGGUAACAACCAUUCGUGGGACUAAAGGUUACUUGGCUCCAGAGUGGCUUUUAGAACAUGGUAUUUCAGAAAAAUGUGACAUUUAUAGCUUUGGAAUGGUGCUUUUGGAGAUCAUAGGUGGCAGGAGAAAUGUAUGCGUUAUUGACAAUCGCAACGAUAAGUCUAAGAGGAAAUUUCAGUAUUUUCCCAAGAUUGUGAGUGAGAGAUUGAGACAAGGAAAUCUAAUGGAAGUGGUUGACAAUAGGAUAAUAGAAGGAGGAGGGGUUGAGGAGAGGGAAGUGAGGAGGUUGGUUUGUGUGGCUUUGUGGUGCAUACAAGAGAAGGCUAGGCUUAGGCCAAGUAUGACUAAAGUAGUUGAAAUGCUUGAAGGGCGAGUGCACGUGGAAGAGCCACCGGAGACUCAAAUGAUCAUCGUUGAUCUUUUAUCAAUCGAUGAACAAGAAGAAGAAGAAGAGCCAAAUCCCGGUUAUGACAGGCGAAGAAUUGCAGCAUUGGCGCGACCUCAGGUAGAUAGUGACUGUAUUCCUAGCUCAGCUUCUGGAUCAUUUUCAAUGUCAGUUUUAUCAGGCCGAUAGUACUGGGAAUCAUUCAAUCUUUUUUAUCAGAUUCUUGGUGGCCUUGGUUCAUUUUGCUUUGAUUUACAUAAAUUUUUUUUAAUCCCUUUUUUGGCAAUCUAAAUAAAAGAAGAUAAGAUUCAUUUUUGGUUGUUGAGAAAA